UGGUCUAUCAAACAAAGACUUCUUCUGUUUUGAGUGAAGUCCGUAAUAUUUGCCGCUGAAAUUUUAAAAACUGUGAGCAAAUCCAUGGCUCCGUCAAGAAUUACGAAACAAACCGAAAAUCUCUGCAAAUUGUUAUUAUUUAAACCCAUUAAUCCACAUUACAGAAACCUCUCAACCAAUAACACAAGCAUUACCCAUGACUUCGUCUCCAUCUUCACUAAACAGCCAUUUUGCCCAGAAGACAGCCCUGAGUUAGAGAGUCUUGCUCCAAUGCUAAAUACCCAACUUGUCGAAUCUGUGUUAAAAAAUUUCAAAAGCUGGAAAAAAGCCCACACAUUCUUUACUUGGGCAUCAAAUCAAUAUGGGUAUAAGCAUAAUGUAUAUACGUAUAAUGCCAUGGCCUCAAUCCUAUCACGUGCUCGACAGAAUGCCCUAAUGAGAGCUUUGGCUGUUGAUAUCUUGGAUUCUCGUUGUUUAAUGACCCCUGGUGCAUUGGGUUUCUUUAUUAGGUGUUUGGGUAAUGUGGGUUUGGCUUAUGAGGCUAACGUGUUGUUUGAUCAAGUUAAAAUGAAGGGCCUUUGCACUCACAAUAGUUAUAGCUAUAAUUGUUUGUUAGAGGCAUUUUCUAGCUCUAAUUCUAACUGUAAUUCUGUUGAUUUGGUUGAGGUGAGACUUAAAGAGAUGCGUGAUCAAGGGUUGAGUUUUAGUAAGUACACUUUGACUCCUGUAUUGCAGGUUUAUUGCAACGCUGGGAAGUUUGAUGAAGCUUUGAAUGUUUUCAAUGAGAUUCAAGAUCAUGGUUGGUUAGACGCAUAUGUAUUCUCUAUCUUGGUUUUGUCUUUUAGCAAGUGGGGUCAGGUUGAUAAGUCUUUUGAGUUUAUUGAAAAAAUGGAAGAGCAAAACUUUAGAUUGAAUGAGAAGACCUUUUGCAAUUUGAUUCAUGGAUUUGUGAAGCAAUCCAGAGUGGAUAAGGGUGUCCAAUUAUUUUAUAAGAUGCAGAAAUAUGGUCUUUCUCCUGAUAUUUCACUUUAUGACGUGCUAAUUGGAGGCUUCUGCUCAAAUAAAAAGCUUGAUAAAGCUUUGUCUUUGUAUGCAGAAAUGAAGAUGUUGAAAAUCCAACCUGAUAUCGGAGUUGUUAGUAAGCUCAUAUCUUCGUUUCCUGAAGAAGGAAAGUUGAUCGACAUACUUGAGGAAACCCUUGAGGAUAUGAAUAUAGAAACUCAGACUUUGCUUUGCAAUUCUGUUUUGAGUUCUCUUGUUAACAGUGGCUUGAUAGAUAAAGCUUGCUGUCUUCUCCGAAACAUGAUGGGAAACGGAGAUGAUGACGAUGUUCAGUAUAAACUUUUCCGAGAUGAAAAGAUUCGACCUAAUACUGCUAGUUUUAGUAUUGUAAUUAACGGUUUGAUGCAGGCUUGCAAGUUGGACCUGGCUGUUUGCCUCUUUCAAGAUAUGGCUGAAAUUGGAUGUAAUCGAGAUUUACUACUCUACAAUAACUUAAUCAAUGGACUAUGCAAUUCUGAUAGACUGGAGGAAAGUUACAAGCUUUUAAAAGAAAUGGAGGAGUCGGGUUUUAAGCCAACCCAAUUUACUCUCAACUCUAUAUUUGGGUGCCUAUGCAAGAGGCAAGAUGUUUCUGGAGCCCUUGAUCUGGUAAAGAAGAUGCGUUUAUAUGGCUGUGAGCCUUGGGUAAAACAUUACACCUUACUAGUUAGAAAACUGUGCAAACAUGGGAAGGCAGCAGAAGCUUCUAUUUUUCUUACUGAUAUGGUGCAAGAAGGUUUUCCACCUAAUAUAAUUGCGUAUUCUGCAUUAUUAGGUGGUUUAAUUGAAGUUCAAGAAGUAGAUCAAGCUCUGAAGCUUUUUAAAGACAUUAGUGCUCGCGGGCGUUGUCCUGAUGUGAUAGCUUACAAUAUAUUGAUGAAAGGGCUCUAUGAGGCCCACAGAACUGAAGAAGCUCGGAAUCUCUUCAAUGAGAUGGUGAUGAAGGGUCUCAUUCCCUCAGUUGUUACCUAUAACUUGCUUAUAGAUGGUUGGUGCAAAAAUGGUUGUAUCGAUGAUGCUAUGAAUUGUCUUUGUAGCAUGUCUGCAAAGGAAAGGGAACCUAAUGUCUUUACAUACACUACCUUAAUAGAUGGUUUAUGUAAGGCUGGGAGACCUGAUGAUGCUGUAAUGCUAUGGAAUGAAAUGAGGAGAAGAGGGUGUCGUCCUAAUAGAGUUGCUUUUAUGGGUUUUAUUCAUGGUCUCUGCAAGUGUGAUAAGCCUGAAGCAGCUCUGAUUCAUUUCCAUGAGAUGGAAGAGGAGGAAAUGGAACCUGACACUUAUGUUUAUAUAUCAUUAGUAAGUGCUUUUGUCAACAUUUCAAACUUCCCUAUGGCUUUUGAGAUAUUAAAAAAGAUGGUUGAUAGGAGAAAUUUUCCAGAUCCACUUGAUAAGAAUUGUAUAAUUAUAAGAGAUGCAAUACUUAAGUUGUCAAAAGAUGCUAGAACUUCCUCAAGUGUUAAAAGUCUUAUUGCAAGUGGAAGCAUUCCAACAAUAUAUCUAUCAGACAAUGGGGAUAAAGGUGAAGUUAGAGGGGAAAUUGUGUAACUGUAUACAAGUUUUAAGCUGAAGAUAUCAUUGAUCAUUUCCUCGGCUUUGGCUUGCCUCUAGCUCUCAAUCUUCCCCAAGUCUCCCUUUUGGUUGAAGACAACUCUUCAAAACCAAUGUGAUAGCAGAGGCAUUGCUAAGUUCGCAAAACUGCUUAGAAAAAGAUUCCUCAAUUGAUUGCUGCAGGUUUGCAGUUAACACAAAAAUAGCGUGUGGCAAGUCAUCAAUCAGAGGUGUUUGUCUUCUCCAGAAUGUGUCAGAUCUUGUGAUUGGUAGAUCUGAGAAGGGAAGUGACAAUUGCUAUGAUGGCAAAAAUCUGCUACAUUUGUGCUUCAGCUGCCGAAUGUCCAUGAUAUUAUUUGCUUUUUCUGCCACAAAUGCAUCCUUCAUUCCCCUAACGUGAUUGCAUCGUGUGUGUAUUAUGAUAUUUAUAUGGCAUUACUAGUAUGAUGCCAAUUAUCUACCAGCCUUGUAGUUGAAAUAUGACUAUGACAUAAUUGAGAGUAUUUAAUUUUAUAAAUUGCUACUGCUUUCUGAAGAAGUUGGCUGCUGAAGUUCAAUAUUUCAUUCUGGUCAACAUAGAGCUAUGAUUGACAUCUUUAGUAUUGGCUUUCACUCAAUUUUCCAGUUGGUUUAGAAUUUGGCUUGAUUACCUACUUAACACUGGACUUUCAACUUCUUUUCUUUUCUUUUUUUCCCCAAUUUUGUCCAAUUCAUUUAUGUUUAAUUUCAUACAAGAUGGGGUAUUUUAAAUUGAAGAAUGAUGUGAAGGAAUGUGGUUAUUCGAAGAUUGUAAAAAUUGGGUAUUUGGAUCCUGAUAAUGCUGGGAAGAAGUUGUUCCAAGAUGACAAGAAGUGUAAUGGAGAUGAUGAAGUGCAUUAGAAAUGGAAGUGUGCAUGGUAUGUUGAAGCUAAGCUCAAUAAGCUAAGUUAAUUAUUGAGCUAAUAGGUGAGAAUGAUAUUCACAAUAUAAAUGAUGGAAGAGGUGAUGAAGGAGUAGGACAAAGAGGUGAUGGUGAAGAUGGAUUAGGAGGUGGACAUGGAGAAGAAGAUAUUUUGAGACUUCAAUUGUUCGGGGUGGCAUUUUAAAGAGGAAGCAUCCAAUGGUCAAGAAACUAAAACUAAAGACCUUGAUUAUGAAUCUAUACAAGUGAUACUAUCGAUGACAUUGGCUGAAAGUGAUUUUUCCUUAGAUGAUGAGGAACAUCCAGAGGAUAGGAGGAACCUCAAGUGGGCUUAGCUUUAUGAGUGAGAUUUUGAUAAUAAUUAAUGAAGCUACCAAUGGUCCACCUGUAGCAAGAAGAAAAAAAAACAUUUGGAACAAAUAGGCAACAAAGGCUCAAGAACCAUUUAAGGAAAGCUUCUAGCAGGAAGAAAGUUGAAGCUGAUGCUAUCCAUAAAAAGGAGAAGAAACUUUGCAACAAUAGUUCCAUUCAACGUUGAUCUUGAAAUUCGAUCCAGUAAAUUACUAGCACUUGUU